GAAUGGAAGCUUCCCGUCCCCGGAAGAGAAGCCGGCGCGACCCUUCUAAAUUCGAAGCGAAUCAAUCAUGCCGACAGCUAAAAUUUCAGUCCUGACUCGGAGCUUCCAAACUUCCUGAUACCUACCUUACCUACCCACCACAGCCACUGUACACUUACUUACUUAAGUGCAUCAGCCUAUCUCCGUCGAGUCUUCCUCGUCUUCCUCGUCAUUUACUUUGUUCCUACCAAAUUCUAUAAUACAAUUCCUCAUAUACCCUCACAAUGUUCCGACAGGCCAUUGCUACCUCAUCCCGCGCUCUGCGAGCUGCUCCCAAGGUCGCCGUCCCCCGACCUUUUAUUCAGUCGCAAUUUCAGGCCGCGCCCGCCUUUGCUCUCAGAUCCGUUAAGCCUGCCGUGUCGAGAUGGUACAGUGACGCUAAGGAGACUGAGACCAAGCCUGCUGAGGAGGCCAAAGCCGAGGAAAAGCCCGCUGAGGGUGAGAAAGAGAACGAUCCUCUCGCUGAGCUCAAGAAGGAGCUUGCAGCCAAGGAGAACGAGGUCAAGGACUGGAAGGAUAAGUGUAUGCGCACCGUCGCCGAUUUCCGCAACCUCCAGGAGCGCACCACACGUGAGGUCAAGGCCGCUAAAGAUUUUGCCAUCCAAAAAUUCGCCAAGGAUCUCGUCGACAGCGUCGAUAACCUCGACCGCGCCCUUGGAAUGGUUCCCAAGGAUAAGCUCAAUGCCCCAGACCGACCUGAGGGACUCGAGGAUCUCGCCAACCUGUAUGAGGGUCUCAAGAUGACCGAAGAUAUCCUCAUGAAUACCCUUAAGAAGCACGGCCUCGAGCGACUCAAUCCCGAGGGCGAGAAAUUCAACCCCAACGAGCAGGAGGCCACUUUUAUGACUCCCCAGCCUGAUAAGGAGGACGGCACUGUUUUCUUCGUUCAACAGAAGGGCUUCAAGCUUAACGGCCGGGUGCUGCGCGCCGCCAAGGUCGGUGUUGUCAAGAACAAAUAAGCAUAUCGUUCUUCCAUAAUGACGGAGAUGUGUGCUUUGAUGACAUCUCCACGCUCAAUCGCAUCUUGCGUGUAUUUUUAGACGAGGUUAUAUCGGUUGGCGUUGGCUCUAUGUAUAAUGCUCCCCUCAUGAUGGUCAUUUUUUUCAACUUGUAUGAUGGUUACAGAUGCUUGGACAGGAGAAAAAGUUUUAAAAGAGCUGGGACAUUUGUACAUAAAUAACAAGACGUACAUGUAUAACAGUGGGGGCAACUGGGCGGUAUAGUCGACCUAAGAGGGUCUUUUCAGGUCAUGAUCCAUAAUGUCCAGAGAUAAAAAUGAAUUGGUACCUAAGCUGGCAACCCAGCUAUGAUGAUGAUGAUGA